AGGGCAGACACGUAGGUUAAUUACAAUUUACAACAAACUCUCCUCCCAUUGAAAACCAUGGCGAUUUCUCUCCCAUAGAAAGAGCAAAAAGAAGAGAAAAUACAUACGAGAUACCGGAAAACCGAUCGGAAAAACUCAGAGUACGGCGGCGGAGAUGGCCGGGCAGUCGCGGAAAUGGAUGAUUCUGGUGGCGACGAUCUGGAUUCAGGCGUUCACGGGGACGAACUUCGAUUUCUCGGCCUACUCGUCGGACUUGAAAUCGGUCCUGGGGAUUUCUCAGGUCCAGCUUAACUACCUGGCCGUCGCGUCGGAUCUCGGCAAGGUUUUCGGAUGGUCGUCGGGGCUGGCGCUCCUGUAUUUCCCUCUCUGGGCGGUGCUGUUCGCGGCGGCGAUGAUGGGCUUCGUCGGCUACGGCGUCCAAUGGCUCGUCAUCAACGAUCUCAUCUCCCUCCCUUACAUCGUCGUGUUCUUGAGCUGUUUACUGGCAGGGCUAAGUAUAUGUUGGUGCCCCGAUACAUCCUGGGUCGGUUGGUGGUCAUCCUCGACGUUCGUGGCUCCGUCGGAGUUCGCUCCGGUUGCAUCUACGAAGCUCGCUGGCUCAGAGCUCACCAGAUCUCACUUCCAUCUUUCCCUCACCGUGAGCUUCAAUGGCGUCAGUGCCGCCUUAUACACACUCGCAUUCAACGCUAUAAGCCCUUCUUCCUCACAACUCUACCUCCUUCUCAAUGCCCUCGUCCCUCUCCUCGUCUCCUUCUUCGCUCUCGUCCCUAUUCUUCGCCAACCUCCUCUCGAGCCUCUUCCCCCUGACGGCGUUAGACGCGACUCUCUUAUGUUUCUCUUGCUUAACGUUAUAGCCAUCCUGAACGGCGUUUAUCUCCUCCUCUUUGGCUCAAACCCUUCUUCUCUAGCCACUGCUCGUGCCCUUUUCGGUGGAGCGGUUUUCCUCUUGGUUUUCCCCUUGUGCAUCCCUGGUCUUGUCUACGCCCGUUCUUGGUAUCUUCGCACCAUCCACUCCAGUUUCCGCUUGGAAGGUUCUGGGUUCAUUCUUGUUGACGUGGACGAGCUCGAGGUGCAUAAAGGCAUGGCGACUCGACAGUCCAGUCUCGAGGGCUACCAGUUGCUGAACGAUGAUGGAGUUCCAGUUACAAACGCUGUUACGCCUCAGAAGAGUUUUGAUGGAGAUGAAGACGGCUUCUGCAUGAAAGUCAUUACAAAAGGUCAGCUCGAAAUGCUCGGGGAAGAGCAUCCUUUGGGUCUGCUCGUGCGCCGGUGGGAUUUCUGGCUUUAUUACAUUGCGUAUUUCUGCGGUGGCACGAUCGGUCUUGUUUACAGCAACAAUCUUGGACAGAUUGCACAGUCCUUAGGACAGAGCUCGAGCACCACCACCCUUGUCACUCUCUACUCCUCUUUCUCGUUCUUUGGCCGAUUGCUCUCAGCAACACCGGAUUAUAUCCGAGCGAAGGUAUAUUUCGCAAGAACCGGAUGGCUAGCCAUCGCCCUAUUACCGACCCCAAUCGCCCUUUUCCUGUUGGCGUCAUCCGGAAAUGCAUCAGCAUCAUUACAAGCAGGGACAGCUCUGAUAGGCCUAAGCUCGGGAUUCAUUUUCGCAGCAGCUGUUUCAAUAACAUCCGAGCUGUUUGGUCCAAACAGCUUCGGCCUAAACCACAACAUCCUCAUCACGAACAUACCGAUAGGUUCACUGGUCUACGGUUUAUUGGCGGCAUUGGUCUAUGACUCGCAUGGAGUCUCGAGGAUAACGGCCGUGACUUUGGACUCGGUCGUGUGCAUGGGAAGAGAGUGCUACUUUCUAACGUUUGUGUGGUGGGGAUGCUUGUCGGUUCUCGGACUAGCUUCCAGUGUUAUGCUGUUCCUACGAACUAGACGAGCCUAUUACCGGUUCGAACAAGCCCGGAUAAAUUCGAGUCUGAUCUAUUCAUAAGUGUUAUUGCUUCAAGGAUUUGUAUAUCAACUCAGAUUCUGGUUUUGCUACAGAAAGUUUUGAUCUUUUUGAGAAUUUA